GGGUAAGAGAUACGUCCCUCUCCCCACGCUUAAUCCCGCUCCGUGACACCAAGUAUAGAAGAGGGAGAGCUCUGCCCUCCUUGCAACACAGCAGCGGCGGCCCUCGGCAACAGCCACGGUUCAGGGGGAGGACAGGCUAUGUCCUCAUAGGACUGUACCACCUCUGAAUGCUGCUCAUCUGAGAUGGCCAUUUCAUUUCGAUGCACUCUGCCUGCUUGCAGAAAGCUAGGCCUGCUCGUUCCCCCUCUGGAAGUGUCAGCUUUCUGAGCACCUUUGAACCAACUCUUUACUGCCCUUUGUGCCGUAUCUCAGAAGUUGGGCUGGAGACCUGAGACAGCCCCUGGCUUUGGAGGCCUCUGCUGGGUACACCCCACUGCCAGGGAGUGGCCUCCAGAGCAGCAGAGGAUGGAGAAGGAUGGAGAUGCCUGCAGCGCUCACGAUACUGGAGGCGGAGGGGGAGAUGAAGUCCCAGCGGCGGUGGGCCUAGUAGGGCAGGAGGAAGCAGCACAAGCCAGCCCCGAACCGGCAGGCCCCGCCGAGGCAGGAGGAGAGGGCUGCCCAGGUGACGGUGCCAAGGAGGCUGAGGAGAGCCCAGGCCAAGCGGAAGGCACCCCGUCUAAGCCACUGCAGCUGAGCCUCAGCUGCCCAGCAACCCUGUACAGGUCUGAAGAUGCAUCUCAAUGUUUCAGCUUAGAAGAUAUUCCCGAGGAGGCUUCCCCUGCUCACGGAGAGCAGAGUCUUCCAGAGGCAGCCGUGUCCACCCACGAAGAGGGCCUGCCACCCGGAGCAUUCAAGGCGGUGGAGGGCCCUGACCUGACCCCGGAACCAGCAGGAGGAGCACCUAGCCCAGCAGCUGGCCAAGAGGGAGAGAGGACAUUAGCAGAGACUCCUCAUGGAGCUCCAGAGAGCACAAGUGACGGUGCUGGAGCCAGGAUCUCUACAGAGGAGCCUCGUCCCGCUGAAGAGCCUCAUCCAACUGCGGCGGAGUCUCCUCCAGCUGAGCAGCCACCUCCAGAAAGCCAAGAGGAUGUGGCAGCCCCAGGAGAAGCUGGAGCCCCUGCAGAGGAGCCCCCAACCAGCCCCUAUCUCACUCCAGACUUUGGCAAAGAGGACCCAUCUCAGAUCUUAGAUGACACUCCGCCCCCACCAGCACCUUUCACUCACCGCAUCGUCCAGAUGAGAACUGGGGACUUCAAAGACACCUACAGCAUCAACACCAAAGAAAUGCUAGGAGGGGGGAAGUUUGGAGAAGUCCGUACAUGUACGGUGAAGGAGACGGGCCUCAAGCUUGCGGUGAAGAUUAUUAAGAAGCAAGGAACAAAGGACAGGGAGAUGGCCGAGGUGGAGAUUGAUGUGAUGAACCAGCUCAACCACAGACACCUCAUCCAGCUCUAUGACGCCAUUGAGACACCCAGGGAGCUCAUGCUGUUCAUGGAGUUCGUGGAGGGCGGCGAGCUCUUCGAGCGCAUCAUUGAUGAGGAUUACCACCUGACCGAGGUGGACUGCAUGGUCUUCGUGCGCCAGAUCUGUGACGGGAUCCUCUUCAUGCACCACAUGGGGGUCCUGCACUUGGACCUCAAGCCAGAGAACAUCCUGUGUGUGACUGCCACGGGCCACAUGGUGAAGAUCAUUGAUUUUGGACUUGCCCGGAGGUUCAACCCCCGAGAGAAGCUGAAGGUCAACUUUGGCACUCCCGAGUUCCUGUCGCCCGAGGUGGUCAGCUAUGAGCAGGUCUCCUACACGACGGACAUGUGGAGCCUGGGGGUGAUCACGUACAUGCUGCUGAGUGGGCUCUCCCCUUUUUUGGGAGACAACGACACGGAAACACUCAACAACGUCCUGGCGGCCAGCUGGUAUUUUGAUGACGAGGCCUUUGAGGGCAUCUCUGAGGAAGCCAGAGACUUCGUCUCCAACUUGAUUAUCAAGAACAAAAGCGGGCGGAUGAGCGCAGCGCAAUGCCUCCAGCACCCGUGGCUCAACAACCUGGCAGACAAGGCCAAACGCGUCAACCGGCGCCUGAAAUCCCAAGUCCUGCUCCGGAAAUAUGUCAUGCGCAGGCGCUGGAAGAAAAACUUCAUUGGCGUUUGUGCUGCUAACAGAUUCAAGAAGAUCACCAGCGCGGGGUCCCUGACUGCACUGGGGGUCUGAGCGUGGGGGCCGGAACUGGAUGGAAUUUGAGCAACCCGGGAGCGACGAAAGGGGGGAACCCUCUGAUGGGAAGCUUGAACUGUGCUGUGUUCAGUGCCCCACAUCCUGGGGACUGCCUAGACAAGAGGAAUGGGGCCCACCGUGGGGAACAGGAGGACCUUUGCUGCUUCCCGGAGGCAGAUCUGGUGGGAGCAGCAGGCUCAGGACUUCCCCAGGCAGGCUCCGUCCUCCAUGUGUAUGAGGAACCGUGCUCCCUUCCCUGUAGCAGCAGCAGCAGCAGCAGGCCUCUUGUCCCUCUGCAACGCCCCACGAUAUCUGCUGACCUGAGCCUCAUUCCCCGCCUGUGCUGCUCUCCUGGACUCCCGCUCCCCGCUCGAGCCUGCUUCCACGGAUGUCAAAUACCUCACCAGGCACAGGUCCUCCGAGGGUUUGCUGCUGGGAAGGGGUCUGUCUGCCCGAACCGAGGCUGACUUCUCGGUCCUCUCUCCCCUCCUCGCUGUGCCCUGGUUUGGCCUCGUGUGGAUGGGGACUGGGCUGGGGCGCUCCUGUGACUCGGCUGUGCUGCCUCUCCCUCUGGGACCCGCCUGGCCCCAGCUGGGAUCCCUUCGCUGCCACGGCGCGCUCUCCCCGCAGGGAUCCCAGAUCUCCGCUCCAUUCUGCUGUUCCAGCCGCGUGUGCCACGGGGAUGUGUGCUCCCCCCGCCCCCCCCCACCCCCCGUCUUGAGAAAACAGUUGCCAAACUUUGCAGUCCAGGUUUUAUCGUCUUUGGUGGGCUGAGCAAGCUCCCCUCCCCUUCCUCGGGGAAGCGGCUUCGAGGCUUCAAGGCUGCUUUGCGAUGGGCCUUGUGAGAUUUGCAUCGGGACAGCCCCGCUGCUGGAUCAGGCCCCAGGAGGCCCGUCUAGUCCAGCCUCCCCUUCCACACAGUGGCCCACCACCACCCGAUGCCACGGGGGAGCCCACAGCCCAGAGCCGAGGAGGAGGGCAUGCCCCCUCUCCUGCUCUUGCUCCCCUGCGUCCCGGUCAGAGGCACCCUGCCUCUGAGCCUGGAGAGGGCCUUGGCAAGUUUUAGCUGCUGCCCAGACUUGGGGCUGUGUCGGACUCAGGAAGCAGACCGCGGUGGGCUGGUCACUCCCCAGACCCCCCCUCCCCCGCCCCGCCCAUCACUCUGCUUUCAAUGGCAGCAAGGAGGCAAGGGCGGGGGGGGGACUAAAAUCCCACCCCGCCCCGCCCGCACCCUGCAGCCCUGUGAGAGCCAAGCCCCCCUCUCCGGCGAGCUGACGCUGCGCCCUCCGCCGGCCUUUCCAAGUCACGUGUGUGCCACUCGCCUGAUGCCAGGGAUCCUGCCCACGCAAGCAGCUCCCCAGACCAUCACCGCACGCACACACACACACACACACACACACACACACACACACACUGAACCCAAAGGUGCCCAGCAACAGGCCUCGGCAUCCAGGCAGGAUGGGGCGGCUGGGGGAAGCUGAGCAGGAAGCCGCCUCUUCCCAGAUCGGCAGCAGCCCUCCACGCUGGAGUUCCUGUGAGCUCUGGGCGGGCUGGCGGCGGGGGGGGGGCAGGAAGCAAGCGCCCAGCCCCCCUCCAGGCGUGUCCCCAGAUGGGCAGCCCGUGGAGAAAGAAGCCUGCUUUGUGUGGGCCUCGGUGUGCUGCUCACCUCUUUGCCCUUCUGAGCUGCGAGAAAGAGGCGGGGGGGGGGCGGUCUGGAUGGGGAAAGGAAGGGCGCGGCGGGGGGGGGGCAGCAGCCUGCAUCCAGCCCUCCUAGAGCACAGAGCAAAGCCAGCCGGCCUAAUGCAGACCAUCUGCGUCCCUCCUCCUCCUCCCUCCUCCUCGCCCAUCUGAAAGGGUUGCUUCAGAGCUGGCCACCAACAGGCAGGAACUGCCGCCUGUGUGGGGGAGUCCUCCUCCGCUCGCCCCAGGUCAGUCCCAAGAAGCCGGCCUCCUCGGAGCUGGAGGCAAAGGCCCCGCUUCUUGCGCAGAGCCUCUUGCGCCUGGAACACCCCCCCCCAGCACCACCACCACUCCCCGCUGUCCCUGCUCGGUUCAUGACCCCGGAUGGUCCCGUGUCUCAGAGCCGAGGCCAAACAGGGUUGGGUUUGCGGGGUGGGCGCAGCAGGCGUGUGGCCGUUUAUACUCCGUGGGCAAAGUCUUUCAGAGUUCCUGAUCUCGUACGUCUUUUCGGCACCCAUACGAGGUGGGUGAUUAUGGAGCCCAUUUUACUGAUGGCCGACUGAGGCUGAGGGCAGACCCAGGCGACGGAAGGAUGCUUUGGAAGGCCACCCGCAGCCGCCGCCCCCUGCUUCCCUGGUAACACAGAGUGCAGCCUGUUUCCCAUCACAUCCUGAGCCUUAUAGUGUCCUCCCUAAAUGUUAGUGAGGGAGGAGGAGGAGGAGGAGAUGCAGGCUUUCAGCGGCAGCCACACACCCUCCCAAUCAUCUCUCAUUCACCCUGGAACUUGCCCAAGAGAGUGUAUGAAGGAGAAGGGAUUUGAGUGCAGCUGGGCUUCUCAGCCUUGGGCCCACAGAUGAUGUUGGACUACAACCCCCAUCAUCCAUCAGAGGAGCAUAGGAAGCUGUAUACCGAGUCAGGCUAUUGGUCCAUCUAGGUCAGCGCUGUCUACACUGACUGGCAGCAGCUCUAGUGCAACAUCUCAGGCAGAGGAGGGCCUUCCUCAGCCCUACUUGGAGACGCUGCCAGGGACUGAACCUGGGACCUUCUGCAUGCCAAGCAGACACUCUCCCAUGGAGCUGCAGACCGCCCCCCCCCCUUCCAGGGCAUCUCUUAAGCAGACAGUGCUGCUCAUAGGACAUCACCCAUCCAAACAUGAACCAAAGCAGGCCUGCUUAGCAAAGGGGGCAAUCCAUGCGUGCUACCACAAGGCUAGCUUUCCACCCAGUCUGGAUGGGAGGAGCUGUAGUCCCCUAAAACCUGGAGGCCUGAUGCUUGUGAACCCCUGAAGUCCAGGUCUCUUGGGGUCCAAGUCCACUGCCAGAUGCCCUAGAAAGCAAAUGAAGAGAGGAGAUUUCUGACCCCCUUUUCUGUGAUGACAACUGAGCACAACCGAGGUUGCUUAGUGGGAAAUGAUCAUUUGGGGUGUGUGUGUGUGUGGUUAGACAUCUCUCCAUUUUAAUUGGGUGCCCGGGUCAGAACAGGCUUUUCCCUUUGGCCAAGCAGUGUGGAUUGUAUCCUGGCCCAGAGCUUACCUCAGUGUUCCAGACCGAAUUAGCCACAACAGCCGCAGCUCUCUUCCUGCACAUAUCCUCUGCUCCUCUCAUUUUGAAGCCUUGCGUAACCGCUUGGGGGGGGGGGUUUCACGCCGUGUGUCCCAAGCAAAGCAUCACCCGAACGAUAAGCAGCCACUGCAGCUGACCUCCAUCUGCCAUGCCUGGCUGAGCAAUGAUUGACACUGCCACCGCCCACCACCGCCAUCCCCCCAGAUGCACACACACACACCCCCGCCAGCUUUCCCAGAAGGUGGCUGUGUUUCCUCCAGAGAGAGGCCCCCACUCUGGACCGAAUGUAAAUAAAUGUACAGCUCAAGUGCCA